AUGAAGUUUCAAUUGACGCUAAUUGCACUCUUGGCCGUUGCCGGUCUGAGUCAGGCUCGCAAUUUCCCAGAUUUCGGCAAGGGUCCUCUUCAUGAAGAUAUCCAAGACAUACUGGAUCUGGUUCCUAUAGACGAAAUUAAGGAUGUCUUUGAAGAGUACGCCAAGAAAGACGACGAAGUAAAAUCUAUAAUUGAAAUCGCCGAAAGCACGUCUAUAGUCAAAAACCUGGUGGAAGAUUUCGAGGCCAUUCCCGAGGCGAUCAAUUUUUUUAAUUAUCUACACAAAAAAAAAGUCUAUAUCUAUGACGUAAUGAAUGCACUUAACAAAAGACUCGGCAUAAAAAAAGAACUGGUACCACCGUCUGUCUUGGUUCGCGAACCGUAUACCAACCCCAUGCGAACCGGUGGGCUCGCCGGACUUUUUAAAGACAUUAAGGUGCUAUUCAACUAUGACGAUUUUAUUCGUAUCUACGUGCAAAAAUCGAAAACCUCAAAACCUUUCUCCAAAUUCAUCGAUCAGCUAAAAUCUAAAAAUUUCCAGGAACUCGUUAAUCAAGUUUACGAAAUCAAGUCCUUCCAGCUUAUUUUAUAUACUCUUCACGAUGCUGGAGUGGAUACGCGAAUCGUAUCCGAUAUCAUGUACAUUGUUCUCGGUAUCACUACACCGAACUAUCCUGAUUUUUUUUAAAUAAGUUUAACUAACAGAUCUUUUUGAAACUUGAUUUUGGGUACAAAAAGAGAAAUAAAAAAUGAUCAAAUAUAUAAAUAAAAAUUGUGUAUACACAAUUCUUCACAAGUCUAUACUUUUAUAUUCAAAUUGUUUUUUUGUAUGUUGCGCUAAAAACAUUUCAUGUACUUUAUACUAUUUUUGUAAAAUAAACUCAACGCAAUUGAAUAAAAGCGAUAUGCGCAUUCAAAGAUGAAAUAGGUAUUUUACAGUAUAGAAAAUAUUUUUACGUUUAUCGAUUAAUGUGAUUAAGCUUUGACAAUACAGAAAAUAUAAUUACUGUACAAAUUAUUUGAUUUGUAAAUGUUGUCACUAUUUUACAAUAUUUCAGAGAAUUGUGAUUAAUAAUCGUAUAUUUGAUUAUGAAUAAAUCAUUAUAAAAGUUUAA